UCAAGCAGGUGACAAAACAGCAUUUCGCGUUCGAAGAGGCGACGAGAAGCAGCGACGCGGACCCGGACCCAAGCGCGAAACCGAACCCGAACCCGAACCCGGGGACUUCGACGAACGUGACGCGGUCAUGGCUCUCAGGGCGCGAGGCUCUCAGCUCUUCCUGCUUCUGUGCUGCGCGCGGACCAUUCUGUCGUUGGAGGCAGAGGGCAAAGGCUUCAUUGGUCAGGAGAGCAGCGCCGGGGUGUGGGUCAGCCCCCAAGCCAAGGACAUCCUGAGCAGCCGCCUCACCACCGUCUUCCUCCCGGUCGUCUACAUCAUCGUGUUCGCGGUGGGGCUGCCCACCAACGCCUUGGCCAUCUGGGUCUUCCUGUUCCGCACCAAGAAAAAGCACCCGUCGUCCAUCUACAUGGCCAACCUGGCGCUGGCCGACCUGCUCUUCGUCAUCUGGGUCCCCUUAAAGAUCGCCUACCACUUCAACGGCAACAACUGGGUCUACGGCGAGGCGCUGUGCAAGGUGCUGGUCGCCUUCUUCUACGGCAACAUGUACUGCUCCGUCGCCUUCAUCGCCUGCAUCAGCGUGCAGCGCUACUGGGCCGUGGUCCACCCGCUGGCCCGGCCCAAGAGGGGCAACUGCAAGGCGGUGCUGGUCUCCGUCGCCGUGUGGCUGGUGGUCUGGGCCGCCACCGUCCCGCUCUACCUGUACGACCAGCAGGUCCGAGUCACGAACCUGGACAUCCAGACCUGCCACGACGUCACCAGGCCCAGCCAGAAGAACCCAGCGGCGGGGUACUUCCUGGCGAUGGGGACCCUGGGGUUCGUGGUGCCCACCGUGGUGUGCGUCGUCUCCUACGUCCUGAUGCUGCAGGCCCUGAGGAACAGCAUGGAGGAUCCGUCCAUCGCCCAGAAGCGGCGGAAGGCGGUGGUGCUGAUCGUUACCGUCCUGGUCAUGUUCGUGGUGUGCUUCACCCCCAGCAACAUCAUGCUGCUGGCGCACUACAUCCUGCUGCUGCGCGGCGCCACCAACAACCUGUACGGGUUCUACAUCACCACGCUGUGCUUGGCCAGCCUCAACAGCUGCAUCGACCCGUUCGUCUACUACUUCAUCUCCGAGGACUUCCGGGACCACGUGAGGAACACGUUCCUGUGCAGGAGCGAGCGGACGGUGGAGCGGAUGAGGGUCUCCUUCAGCGCUCUGAAGUUCUCCAAGAAGAGCAACACGUACACGUCCGAGUCCGGGAACACGCGGAGCACUGAUUGCUAGGGUCCUGUCGGCCGUUGGACUUUUAGCUUCCAUCGCACUGUGAGGACUUUUUUAACAGGAGUGGGUCUCUGCUGCCAGAGGCUCCAUACGCAGCCUGUCUGAUUUUAAGAUUGUUUUAUUUUUUAUAGCUUUGAUAUCGCAGCUUUUAUAUAAAUGCAUAUUUUAAUGCUACGUGAACAACUGCCAAAGCUCUUUUUAUGUUUGAAAUAUAUAACUUAUUAUUGUAGUUAUGCAAUAAAAGUAGCGACGUCCACUGGU